AUGAGUGAUUGGCAAGAUCGUGAACAACCUGAUACUUUGGUUUUAUUUGAUGUGGACGGUACAUUGACACCAGCUAGAAGGCAAGUCACUCCAGAAAUCUCAGAUUUGUUGAAAAAAUUAAGAAAGAAAGUAGUCAUUGGAUUUGUUGGCGGAUCAGAUCUUGUUAAACAAAUAGAACAACUCGGAUCAAACGUUCUCAAUGAUUUUGACUUUGGAUUCUCUGAGAAUGGACUUACUGCUUAUAGAUUAGGAAAACAACUUGCUUCUCAAAAUUUUAUUGAAUGGAUAGGAGAAAAGAAAUAUUCUGCGUUGGUGAAUUUUAUUUUAAGAUACAUAGCAGAUAUUGAUUUGCCAAAGAAACGUGGUACAUUUGUUGAAUUUCGUAAUGGAAUGAUCAAUGUGUCACCAAUUGGACUGUUGAGGAAAGGAAUGCUUUUGAAGAAUAUGACAAGGUAUUUAUAA